AACAAAACCAAUGGCGUUGAUGUUGGCGGUGAAGAAAAGUUUUCUCCACAACGUUGCAAGUGAUGAGCGUUUUUGCGUUAGAAAUCCAAGUUUUGCAAUGAGUUAAAAUUGAUUUUUUGUGACUUCUAUGCCAAUUAGAGGCUUUAAUACUUUUUAUGGAUCAUAAUAUUGAAGCAUCCGUUGAAGAGGUUCAAGAGAGUGCAACAAGUUAAUCAAAACAAAGAAAACAAAGAUGUGAAACAUGAAUUUUUUUGAGAAGUUACCACGGGAUAUGAAUGAAGAUAACAUAUUAUGAGCAAAAUGUAAAACAUGUCGACUUGUGUUGCUGGCUGACUCGACUUCAGGAACUUCAAAUUUAAAUCGACAUCACUUGAUACACCAAAAAAAGGCAAACAGUCAAGGUACGCCAGUAGAUCAUGAACAAUAUCGUGAAAAGAUAGCUAGGGCUAUAGUUAGACAUAAUUAUCCUUUUAACUUUGUGGAGCAUGAAGGAAUUAGGGAUAUUCAUGUCUUCUUGAAUCCUGCUGUGAAAACUCUUUCAAGAAAUACCGCAAGAGCUGACGUGUGUAAGCUGUACGAGAGUCAUAAAAAAAAUAAAGGAUGAACUUGCAAGUAUUUCUAGUAAAAUAUGUUUGACAACUGACUUAUGGACUUCAAUCACCUCUGAUGGUUAUAUGGUGUAACGACUCAUUAUGUUGAUACAAAUUGGAUUUUGCAAAAGAGAAUUUUGGUAUUUCGUCAUUGUUCUUCCUUCUCAAAGUGGUUCUGUUUUAGGUCCAAAAUUGAUCAAUAUGCUUACAGAAUUGGGAAUUGAGAAGAAAAUAUUUUUGAUAACUCUAGAUGAUGCAUGUUAUAAUGAAGACAUUGUAGAGAGGUUGAUCGAUCAUUUUACGUUGAUGGAUUCUCUUCUUUCUGAUGGAAAGUAUGCGCAUAUUCGAUGUUCAAAUCAUAUUUUAAAUUGGUUGUUAAGGCAGGUUGGAAGACAAUUGAAACUUCGUUAUGUAACAUUAGGAAAAGCAUCAGAUAUCUUAAAGGUUCAAAGGCAAGAAAAAUAAAAUUUGUAGAGUGUAUUAAGAACCCCAGCUUGAAGUUGAAUGGGAAGGUACGUCAAGAUGUAUUGACGAGAUGGAAUUCCACAUUCUUGAUGCUUAAUAGUUCUAUUCCCAAUCGUCGUGCAUUUUCUGAUUUAAGGUACUUGAUGCUGACUUUAGAUGUUGUCCUUCAAAAGUUGACUGGGUUAAAGCUAACGAUUUCUAAGUUUUUGAAGCCUUUCUAUGAAGUCAUUACUUUGUUUUCACGAAAUUACUAUCCUACUGCCAAUAUAUAUUUUCAUAAAAUUUGGAAAAUUCAUAUGAUAAUAAUUGAAGAGAAACAAAGUGAGGAUCCUAAUAUCAAGGAAAUGACAAUUGAAAUGGAAGUUAAGUUUAAAAAAUAUUGGCAAGAAGACUAUAGUCCGAUUGCUUCAAUGGCGGUAGUCCUUGACCCUCGAUACAAGUUAAAACUUGUAAAAUUUUGCUUCACCAAACUUGAUCCACUCACUUGUAUUGAAAAAGUCAAAGAUGUUGAGGAUAAUAUGCAUGCAUUAUUCAAAGAGUACUUGAAAAUUUCAAUUAUUGAUGUUGAUAUGAUGGAAAGUAGUAGUAGUAGAGGUGAUGUUGAAAUGAUGGAUGAUAUGGAGGAGUAUGAUAUUUUUGAAAGCCAAUCAGAACAAGGUUCAGAAAAGACACAACCAAAUUUAUACUUAGAAGAGCUCGUGUUGGUUCACAAAGGAAAUGAAGAUUUGGAUGUACUUAAAUUUUGGAGAGAUAAUAGAAUUGAAUAUCCGAAACUUUCAUUGAUGCCGCGUGAUUUGCUAAGUAUUCCUAUCACCACUGUUGCAUAUGAGUAUGCAUUUAGCAUUGGGGUCGUGUUAUUGGUAGAUAUCAAAGUUCAAUAUUACCUAAGAAUGCAGAAGCAAAGUUGUGUUCACGAGAUUGAAUUAAUGGUCAUCAUAAAAAAUCUUAUCAACUGUUUAAUGAAACACUUUCUGUGUUUUGAUAAUUUGUCUCUCACAUAUAUAUUUGUAGCAUCUAUUGACUCUGAAGAGGAAGAUGACAUUGCCAUAGACGUGGAGAAAAUUGCGACUAAAUAUUUAAAUAGUUUGGUGAUAUGUGCAUCCUACAAGUAUAUGCUUAAUUUAUUCCUUCUUGUGACUGCUUCUCUAGCUAUGUCUGAGAAAUUUAUCAUAUUUGUGUUAGAUGGUUGGCUGCUUCUGUUUGUAUGUAGCGUUUGCAGUAUUCAUUUUAUUUAUGUAUGGAGUGUGUCUAUAGUGUAUGCAGGUGGCUAUUUUGUGUAUAUAUCCAUGUGACAUGCCUAAUGUCCUAUUCCACUAUCCAUUUAUCCUCUUUGAUUUUUGAGAUCUUUGUCAACAAUAUCUCAUUCUGAUGAAGUACUUGAGAGUUUUUGUUUUGUAAUUCAAAGUAUGUUGUCUGCAACUCACCAUGCUUGACACAGGCAGUCUGUAUCUCCACCUCAAGUAUGGCAUUUAGUUGAGUACUACUGCUCAUUUCUGACUGUAAUUUCUUUGGCAUCUCUAGUAGGCAAUAAUUUUCUUUCUGCACUUUAACCAGCUUCUCAAUCAAUAAAUGUUGCUUAUCAUACUCGUACAUUCUGAGUGCACGUUUCAGAUCAUCAACACUGCCCAAAAUGUAAUGCAUGAACAAGAAUAGAUUUUUCUCCAUUGAGAAUUUGUAACUUGUGAUUUUCAAUUAAUGGAAAGAAAGGUUGAGCUCUCUAGCUUCUGUCUGUGAAUAACUUUUAAGCUCUUUCUCUAUAAGAGUUGAACUGAUUCAUGACUUUGGAGUUUUGAUUCUUGAUGAUCUAACUUCAGGACUUUUCAGUACUUCAGCAUUGCAAAUCAUUUACAUGCUUAAAACCAUGGUUGUUACUCGUGAUCGAACGAUAAUUCAAGUACAACAGAAGCAUUAUCAAUAUUCUUACAAAAAAGGGAAAUGUUAAUGAAAGAAACAUCUUGUAUGAGUUAUAGAGUUCAUUUUUUGUCAUAGUCAACAGAAGCAUUACAUAUCACUUUUUAAGUACCCUUUUGAAAGAUUCUUGAUUGUGAUGCAUCAUUAUGUUACAUUAAUUGUGCAUUUUGAUAUUAAUGUGCCGCACACUGUGUGCGACUGUGCGUUGUGUGGCAUUGAUAUGUUAGUUUCCUCAAUGUAUGUAUGGUUCAUGAGCUACUUUUGGUUGUUAUAGAUUCUGUUGUCACUGGUUCAACUGAAAAGGAGUGUGUUGAUAUAUUGCCAAGAAUUGAUAAUUUUGACACAUUGAAAAUGAGUGUGCUGGAUCAAAGGAUUGUUAUUGACUAUUUAGUGAGUUCAGCUGUGUUCUUCACUGUGUCCAGCUAUUGCCAUGGUGAAAUUGUUCCAGUUGCAUAAUUUGAUAUAUUUUAUUUGGAAGUUUUAUAAUUGUCACAUAUACAAACAAAUGUAGUAUUGUUCUGUGGUUUCCACUUAAUAUCCAUCCUAUUAUAUUGCUCCUUAUAUCGUGUUACAUUGCUUUUUAAUAUCGUGUUGUAUUAUUUUUUUAAUAUCGUGUUGUAUUUGUACUUUCUACUUAGUAUUGUGUUGUAUUAUUAAGCGGGUCAUAUUGGGCAGGUCAUAACCCAACCUGUAUUUUAGCCUAAAGUAAAUUUGGGUGGGUUAUAACCCAACCCGCUUUUUAAUGCAGCCCAUUUUAACAUUUGCAAUUUCAGCUCAAUCAACCCAUUUGACACCCCUACUUGAAGCCUCUAUUAAUUGAGAUGGAUGUUGAAAAAAAGACACAUGACAUCCUAAUAUAGCUAGAAUGAUAAAGCAAAUAAAAAGAGUCCUCAAGAAGCAAGGAGACUCACCAACAACUCUGAAACUCAACUGGAUCAACGAAGCGUUGGAUGUUAAUCCCGAUUUCUUAUAUAUGUAUCAUAAAAGAUGUAGGAAAACUGAUGUUAGUACACGAAAUGUACAAGCAUGUAAGGGGAAUUCUAAAACAGACAUAAGCUUGA